CCGCAGUGGGCCGGGCCGACGCGCGGAGUCAGGUGCGGAGCGGGAGGCGCGGUGUCGUGCCGUGUGUGAGAGGACCGCACCCGGCGGGACCGGGCACAGCUCAGCACCGAGACUGGUCAACCGCGCGCCGUACAGCAGCACGCCAUGCGGCGACUCUGCGCCGGCGCCGUGCUGGCGCUGGCCAUAGGCGCCGUGGCCUCACAGUCGGUACGGUCACGGCAAACGCCCUUCUAUCAGCUGCUCCACAAGACGGUCAGCGGCGCCACGCCGGGCGCCGCCAACAUGGUGUUCUCGCCCUACUCGGCAUCCACGGCGCUCACCAUGCUGCGCGAGGCCACUGUGGGCUCCGCCGCCCAGGAGAUCACCGACGUGCUGGGCCGGGGCCACCAGCAGGCGCCUCAGACGAGCGUAGCGCAGCAGGGCGUCACACUACGCCUCUGGGACGCCCUCUACUACGACCAGUCGAUCGCCGUCGAGCCGAGCUAUGUGCGCUCCGUACAGCAGCUGGGGGCGGCUGUGCUACCGCAGCCCUUCGCUGACCGACCCGAAGAGGCAGUAGCAUCCAUCAACGCGGAUGUAUCUCGUGAAACGCUGGGCGCGGUGCGGCAGCUCCUCCCCGAGGCCGACCCAGACAUGGUGUCCGUUCUGGUCAGCGCCGUCUACUUCCGAGCUGAGUGGAGGACGGCGUUUGAUGUGGAGAGAACGCGAUCGGCCGGGUUCACCACCACGGACGGCCGCAGGCAGAAGGUGGCCAUGAUGGAGGCGGAGGAUCAGUUCAACUUCCUGCGCAGCGAGCAGGACGCCUUCACCAGCGUGGCCAUCCCGUACAGGGAGGAGCGCUUCCAGAUGAUUCUCGUCCUGCCAGACGAGGGGACCAGCAUCAACGACAUCAUCAGCCGCUUCGACGUGGACCUGAUGUACAAGGAGAUGCGGGUGCAGCGCGCCAUCGUCAAGUUCCCCAAGUUCAGGGUGCAGAGCAAACUGCCACUGGGAGACAUCCUCAGAAGUCUGGGGGUCCAGCAGGUGUUCACGCGCCACGCCGAGCUCGGCGGGAUGUCGCCCGAUCCGCGACUCUUCGUCAGUUCCAUGCGCCACACGGCCACCAUCGAGAUCGACGAGGCGGGCAGUGAGGCGGCCGCCGCCAGCGCCGUCGGCAUCAGCGCGCGCAGCUUCUUCGCCCCGCCGACACCGAGUCUGAUCGCCGACCGGCCCUUCCUCUUCUUUGUGUACGACACGACCACAGCUAAUGUGCUGUUUAGCGGUCAGAUUGAGGACGCGGCCGAGGCGCAGGCGGCGCAGAGCGCGCCCCAGCCGCAGCCGGCGCUGCUGCUGGACCUCGAGCCGGCGCUGCUGGUGGAUCUGGAGCCGGCGCCGCUGCUCGACCUGGAGCCGACCCUGGAGUCUGGGCCGUCGGGACCGACUCUGGAGUCGGCGGCGUCGGCGCCGCAGCCCGUGCUGCUCGGCCAGGACCCGGCACUGGACGCCGCGAUCAAACUGGAGCCCGAGAGCGCCGUGGAGACGAUCGGCGACCCAGCCAGUCUGCAGGAGGUGCUGGGUGAGCAGCGGGCCGGCCGGGGCGGACGGAGGGGCGGCCGCCGCGGCCGGGGGCGCGGCCGGGCGCUCACCGGACCGUCCGGCAUCUCCGGACCGUCCGGGAUCUCCGGUCCGUCGGGAGUCUCCGGACCGACCGGGGUAUCCGCACCGACGGCUACCGGUACCGGCUACACGGCCCCUGCACCGAUUGGAGGCCGGCGCCGCGGCGUAAGGAGGAGGCCGGCGCGGCGACGCUUCAACAGACGGCAGAGAGUACAGCCGCCGCCACUCCCACCUCCUCCCCCGCCUCCCCCUCCACCCCCACCGCCGCCCCGUCGCAGACGGCCCCCGCCCCGUCGGCGCCCUCCCCCGCCGCGCCGACCGCCCCCACCGCGCCGUCCGCGGCCUCCCCCUCCUCCUCCAGCCGGAACCCGCUUCAACGCCGCCUGCAACUGCUACGACCCGCUGUACCCGACUGUGCCCACCCCGCGCCAGGACCGCGUCGUCAACAUCAACAUCAACAAGCACCCCUCGCCCCUGGUGACGGACAUUUGGGCCGCAGCGCCGACGACCUCCAUCUGGAGCGCCUCGGCGACCACCGACCCGCUGCUGUGGGGAUCCACCAGCAACCUGUGGACCGGCGGCCUGUGGACCAACCCACUGGGCACAUCCAGCCUUAUCGUGCCCUAGCGCCGACCUGGAGAAACCUGUAGGCCGUACCGGUCCGUACAGGGAAGGGAAGCGCCCGCCCAGCGCCAGAUGUGUUGUACUGAACGUGUUGUAGACAUCGGCGUUGCCACAAGAGUAUACGAUGUGUAAAUUGUAGGCAUGGAAUGGAUAUUUGUUACAUAUACGACGUGUAAAUUCGGAGCUGUUUGAUACGGUUAAGUUUGUGUUUAAUAAAAGGGCAUUUAUUACGCGAA